AUGAUAUCAAAGUGUUAUUCUUACAGUCAGUUUGUUUUUUCUACUUGGACGCUAUGGCAGAUUUUUCUCCGUCAGAUACUACACGAGUUAUUUGUCAUAGCGUUCAUGUAUUUUUUCCCUAACUACAUUGCAAGAAGUUUUUGCCCGUCAUAUUACGUAGUGUCUUUUCCUUUUGCAAACGACCUUUAUGAAUUAAACUCCAGCUUUAUCAAAUUGAACUUCAUCUUCGAGCACGAUAUUAAGUAUUAUCCACCGAGGGGUCAUUUUCUUUCUGUACUGCUAAAACUCGGUGCUGACCAGUCGUGAUCUUCAUCUUGUGUGGCACAUUCACAACACAAAUUUUGGAACUGUUUUAAAGAACUGCUUUACGGACAAAAAGGCUCAUCUUUUCGCCUGCAGUUUCAAGCAGGAUCAACAUUGCUGCAUGCGGUGCCCGUCGUCGUAUCUUCAAUGCAACAACUGGUCCUCUCGCUUCGCCUAAAGGAAGCAGGUCCGUCAGCUGAAGGCUUGUUGCUGUUGUGUGAUAUUUUUGCCACAGCAGCA